AUGAGCAAAGUUAAAUUGUUUCACAAUGACCAUCCUGUCAACAUCUCAUUACCAGCUGCUGGAAAUCGUACUGUCUCUUUGAUAGAUUAUAUUGCUGAAAAUUGUCCUUCUUUGGUAGGACCAAACGCUAUUUUCAAAUCCACCCCUUAUUUACUUAAUGGACAUUUACAAACAGCUUAUGCUGCUUAUUAUAACCACUAUCCAACCGCCAAUGAAGUUCAAUAUGAGAGAGAGCUUUUAACGACCUCGGAUGGAGGUACUAUUGCUUUGGAUUGGUGUUCUAAAAAGGACGGGCUGGAGAAUGAUACCACACCAACAUUGGUGGUGUUGCAUGGUCUCACAGGAGGUAGCCACGAAUCAUACAUUCGAGGCUUAUUGGAAGUGUUAUGCUAUCCGCCUUUUAACUAUAGAGCGGUUGUACUCAACAGUCGCGGUUGUGCCAACAGUGAAAUUACUAGCCCACAAAUGUAUAGUGGAGGGUAUACCGAAGAUCUUCGUGCUGCUUUAAUUCAUAUUCAAAAAAGACUUGGGCCCAAGACACCAUUAAUCGGCAUAGGCUUUUCUUUAGGAUCAAAUAUUUUAGUGAAGUACCUUGGUGAAGAGGGAGAUAAAACGCCUUUUAAGGCAGCUAUAUCGGUGGCGAACCCUUUUGAUUUCAGACUAUCAAUGGAUCGCCUAUGUGAAACUUACAUAGGUAGAUAUGUUUACUCGUCAGUAAUGACAAAGAAUUUGAAAGCAACAGCGGCCAGACACUUGGAUAUAUUGUCGAAGAACGGUACAAUCAAUCCGACUGAAGUGAUGGCAGCAAGAAAUAUUCGAGAAUUUGAUAAUGCUUGCACACGGAAAAUGUUUGGUUAUACUACGGUGAAUAACUAUUAUCGCGAUGCCAGCUCUUGUCGAUUUAUUGAGCAUGUCAAAAUCCCUUUAUUAUGUAUGAAUGCUCUGGAUGAUCCCAUCGCUCCAGUUCAAAGUAUUCCUUACGAUGAAAUUAAGGUAAACCCUUACGUAGUGUUAGCUACAACAGAUCGAGGUGGACACAUUGGUUGGUUUGAAGGCUUCAGGUACCCUACAAGGUGGGUGAUCAAGCCGUUAGCAGAGUUUAUUGUUGCUAUGUUCAAGGCGCACGAUGUCAAAGAAAUAAAACGCACAGACCAUAAGCAGGAAAUUGACCCUAAUUAA